UCCACGCCAUUAUUUACUCCCCUUCAAGAACAUUACUUGAAAAGGGAAUUAAUUAGCUGUCAAGUCGAAAAAGAACUUCCAAGCUUUGCCACUGAAUCAGGUCUUUCGUUCCUCGGCCCGCCAUUCUCGCCAGAGACUCCGCUGACUACACCGUCACCAUUCCUCUAUUUCAUAUUCCAUAAUUAUGUGCUGACAUUUCCAUUCCUCCGGUCUACGAGUAAUGACUUUUGGAAUAAAAUAAGAGAAUUCAUAGACCAAUUUAAUAGCAAAAAUAUCAGCUCCACCGUUACCAGAGAAGAGGCAACACGUCGAAGAAAGUUGGCGACAAAGUUUGUGGGACACGUUACACUGUUGUUGAAUGCAGGAAUUAAAAGUACUCUGGGACAAGAUGAGAAUUUAAAAGUAAGCGAUUGGCUGAGUCCAAAAGAGCAACAGAAGGAGAAAGCGCAAGUAGACAAUUCGGGGAAUACUUGGGAAUUGAAUGUUGUUGGUGUUAGAAUUCGGGUUGAAAAAGGAAAGUUGAAAGAACAUGUACACCCGGAAUACAUAAUACUAACAAGCAGAUCAGGCACUGAAGAUGUAUUUGUUGCCAGACGUUACCGAGAAUUUCGAUCUUUAUUUAAUAAACUCAAAGAUGAGUUUUCGGAUAUAGACAUACUUGACCUUCCAAAAAAGAUCAACGAUACGUCAAAAAUAGGCCAAUUGACCAACAGAUCAUCAGUCAUUCCAAAGUAUAGAUAUGAAAAGAAUCGGCUCAACCUCCGCGUAUACAUACGCCAUCUUUUGCGAAUAAAGAAGGUAGCCCAAUCUAAAUUAUUCCAAGACUUUUUAUUAAAGGAUCCGGUCGAAUUGACAGAAAAGGAUCAAAAGAAUAUCGCUGAAAGAGCGGAAUUGGAUAGGAUUAAAGAUGAACGGAUAAGGGCAUUUGAAAUGGAGACUGAAAAGCAGAUGGAGGGGUUCUACGAUCAAAUUGAUACGGUUAAACAGGAAUUGCUGAAAUGCGGUGGAUUGUCACAUUUUGCUGCAACUAUAAGGGAAACUGCCGAAAUUUCACAAUUACCAUCCUCUUAUCAAGAAAUAAUUAAAUGGGGAGAAAUAAGUUUUGCUUCAACUUUGUAUCGCGUUUUUGUUGGGUCAGACACCAGCAGUGCGACAUUUGCCAAGUUGAAGAAUGCCCACUCAUUGAUGCCAUAUAAAGCGAUGCACGGAAUUUUGAAAAUUUCUAGUCCUCUUGUUCUCAUGAGAGCUAUGUUGGAUCUAUUUUUAGCUCAACCAUUUGGUGCUAAAAGUCUUAUACAAAGGAUGUUGUCCACAAAUCUGAAUGAAGAGAUCAGAGACAUGCAAAAAAAAAUUGAUAUGUUGGGAUCAGAUAUCAAUGAUUCUGCCAUAUGUGAGAAACUCAAAAACUAUUCAAAUUCUUCCAUAAAAGUGCAGAAAAUCAUAAAAAGCGAAGCUGAUGGCGAGAACGCGGCUGCAAUAGUCAGGGCUAUUCUACACACAUCUACUUUGCAACCACAGUUGUCGCCGCAAUCGUUAGCCGCAACGCAAGAGACGCAUAUGUUUGAUAAUGUCAAGAAAUUGUUCUUCUUAUACUUGAGGAAGCAUGACAAGGAGAUGAUGGUUGAUCUAUUAUUUCAGGGGGUUACUGGCAGCUUGUUCAGAGAAAUCCUAGCCAUGUUUUAUGAACCAUUAGCAAGAGUAUAUAAGGCAGCGAAUUUUGGAGACUCGCUAAGCGAUAUAUCUAAUUUUGUAAACGACUUGAUUCAAGUGGUCGAGGAAGUAGAUGAGAAAAAGGCCGCAAAUACAUCGACUGAAUCAAUAGUUCAGAUAUUCCUCUCCCUCGUUCGUAGACACUCGCAACGCUUCUACUCGUUUGUCCACGCAAUAUAUUCACACGACACUGCUGGAAUAUUCUCAUCUCUUGUCAAUUGGAUGGAGACUAUAUUGUCAUUUGCACGCGAUGGUCUAUCGGAGAGGAUAGACAUGGGUCAGAUAGCAAGAUCAACGUUAACAGCAGACGAACAAGAAAAACUCUUUUCCGAGAUAGAACAGCUUAUAGAAUGGCAUAAACAGCGCAAGAGAUGUCGAUUGGAUAAACUUAGAAAGGCUGUUUAUACGCAAUAUCCAGCUGUAGAUGAUAGCACGCCUCUGUCAUCGAAUGUAAUUGAGGAAAUUGGUGUAGAUAAAUUCGUGGAAGAAAGCAUGGACUUUAUGUUUGACAGCUCGAGUGGUGAGGAAGAUAAUGGUGACAUCAAGUCUGAUGUUGAUGGGAAAUACUCAAAGGCUAAGAAAGAUUUUGUAACUAUUCGCAAGUUAAUUGAACCGUUUGUUGCAAAAGUCAAAGUUGCGAUUUCAGAUACUGUAGUAUAUUGA